AUGACUGAAGGAAAUAAUGUAAUGAGCUUUCAAGAAAUUUAUUCAAUGCCAUUUGAUAUAGAUAAAUGGGAUUAUGGUCAAUUCAAUAAUCCAAAUAAAUUCCAAUGGAUAAUUGGCAACACGCCAUUUUCAAACUGGCAGACUUUGAUGUCAUCAUCAUCUCCAUUCUCUUUACCUAAUAUAACAGCAUUACAUAAUUUAGUUUUAUGUUUCUUAUCUGCUUUUAUGUUUGUUGGUGCUGCUUUUGAUUUUAUUAACAGAUAG